UCAGUGGUUUUUAAUAAUUAUUUGCCUAAAGAAUAAUAUUAAUUAAUAAUAUUAUUCUGUAUAGGAUCCACGAUAGGAUCACAAAUGUUACAUAAAUAAUAUCGUCAACGAGGAAAUCAAACAAACAUGACAGAAAGAAAACUGUGGGGUGAAUUUGAAAGUGAGGAUUACGAUGAUACCGUUUUGCAGAACGUUAAUUUUAAUCCAAUCAUCGAAUUGGGGAUGCAAAAUAUUCCCGAAAUACCUAUAAGUGUUAAAUCAUCACCGAUUGAACUGCCAAAACCAAAUCUCAUAACGCACACUAUCCAACUACACGCAUAUUCGAGACAGCUAACAGAUAUAUUGGAACAAACUGAAAACGGAGUGUUUGACAGCACUCGUCUCGAAAACUUGAAUAUACCGAACAUUCCUCCGGAACCGGACCUCAAACUUGAACAUGAAGCGACACCGCCUAUAAACUUUCUCCAGAAAAAGUAUUGUGAUUUCUCACUAGGGAAAGGGCCUGUGAUACUUCCCUUCACGCCCGAAAGUCAUAAACGGGCUAUAAAACAAUGUGCAGCUAUAGCCAUAGGUCACGUGGGCUUCGCUUUAAGCACCAAUACAGCUCUGCAAGCCGUCACAGAUGCUUUAGACUUUUACUUAACAAACAUGUGUAAACUACUGAGAAAUGCAGUCGACCAAGAAGCUAGCGGGCUAAAUUCUGGCUUCCCAGAUGUAAUAUCAAAAGUAUUCCAUGAACUGAAUGUGGGGAAUCUGCAUGACUUUUAUGAUAAUAGAGUAGUCAGAUACCACUCGAGGUUAAAGAAAAAGUGCGAAGACCUUCAGUCUCAGUGUGACGCUUUAGUAAUUGGAGACAUUGCCCCUCAAUUGAAAUUAGAGGAGGUACCAGAGCUACAUUUUCCGGCAGUCCUGGAUGGUGCCUUCACUCCGUCUUUAGAGCCAGGCUUCCAGAUGCUGCAAAGCUUAGAACAGGAGCAACUACAAGGACUGGACCUGCUAGACUCGGUUGUUACUGAUGAUAUUAAAGUUGAAUCGAUGGAGUUCUCUCAGUCCGAAACGACAAAGCUAGCAAGCUUAUCCCCUAGUGCAAAAAAGAAAAGAAAAUAAAUAAGUUUCUGCA